UGCUGCACCAGUCAGAUAACUUCCACAUGCUUCGUCUUCAUUCUUUUGCAAUUAGAUCCUCUGGAAAUAGAUAGAGAUAUAGAUUGCAGAAGUGCUGAAUUUUGUAUGCAGGAAAUUAGCUUCUUGAAUCCAUUGUCUUAUUCAUCUUCAAUGGAGUCCUCGUUUUCCGCAUUAACGGCAACAACAACAAUAACAAUACCAGCAACAGGGAGAGCGCUGAGACUUUUCACCAUAUCUAAAGCCUUAAACCGCCAUUUAUCCGCCAAAUUCCCUCCUCUUCUGGUUCGUUCAGACCUUCCGAGCCAACUCGUCGCUCGCCAGGUUAGGUACUUGUACACGAACUGCCUUAGCAGACCGAAUUCAUCGGUCAAUCCAUUUCUUCCUUCACCGUCACUCAGGGGAUUAUUUGCGGCGGUUCCCGAAACGCGUCGUUGUUUGGAGCGCAUAUCGAACUCCACGAAGUUGUUCGGAACAGCAACAGGUGGAGGCGGUGGGGGGUUUGAUGGAAAAAGCGGAGGAGGAGGCGGAGGCGACGGAUGUGACGGUGGAGAUUCUAAUUCGGGAUUGAGCACUGCGGCGGGUCAAGGGGCCUCUACAUUGCCGCCGGAUGUCAUUAUCCUUGAUGUUGGUGGAAUGACAUGUGGGGGAUGCGCAGCAAGUGUGAAGAGAAUUCUUGAAAGUCAACCGCAAGUUUCAUCUGCUAGCGUCAAUCUCACAACAGAAACAGCAAUAGUGUGGCCUGUAUCUGAAGCUAAAGUUGUACCAAACUGGCAACAGCAAUUAGGAGAGGCACUUGCAAAGCAUUUGACGACUUGUGGUUUUAAAUCUAGCCUUCGUGGUUCAGGAAAACAGAACUUCUUCAAAGUUUUUGAAAGAAAAAUGGAUGAAAAGCGUAUUCGGUUAAAAGAAAGUGGUCGUGAACUUGCUGUUUCCUGGGCUUUAUGUGCCGUAUGCCUCGUUGGCCAUCUCUCACAUAUUUUAGGUGCUAAAGCUCCGUGGAUCCAUGCAUGUCAUUCAACAGGGUUCCAUCUGUCAUUGUCUUUGUUUACAUUGAUUGGCCCUGGACGUCAACUUAUUAUGGAUGGAUUAAAAAGUCUUUUCAAGGGGACUCCAAACAUGAACACAUUAGUUGGUCUUGGAGCAUUAUCAUCAUUUACUGUUAGUUCAUUAGCUGCCUUAAUACCAAAGUUGGGUUGGAGGACAUUCUUUGAGGAACCAAUUAUGCUCAUCGCAUUUGUCUUGUUAGGUCGGAAUCUUGAACAGAGAGCUAAAAUUAAAGCUACCAGUGAUAUGACCGGACUUCUAAGUGUUUUGCCUUCAAAAGCUCGUCUUCUGGUCAAUGGUGAUGCAAAAGAAAUGAGCUCAACUGUUGAAGUUCCUUGUAACAGCCUCUCCAUUGGAGACCUAAUUGUUGUACUACCUGGAGAUCGUGUUCCAGCAGAUGGAAUCGUUAGAGCUGGUAGAAGUACCAUUGAUGAAUCAAGUUUCACUGGGGAGCCGAUGCCAGUUACCAAACUUCCUGGGAGUCAAGUAGCAGCUGGAAGUAUAAAUCUGAAUGGAACUCUUACAGUCGAAGUACGUAGACCAGGAGGUGAGACUGCAAUUGGAGAUAUUGUUCGUCUGGUAGAAGAAGCCCAAAGUAAAGAGGCUCCUGUACAGCGAUUAGCGGACAAGGUGUCUGGGCACUUUACCUAUGGUGUGAUGGCCCUCUCUGCUGCAACAUUUAUGUUUUGGAAUCUGUUUGGUACGCGCAUUUUACCAAUUGCCUCAUAUCAUGGAAGCACAGUUUCAUUGGCGCUGCAGCUUUCUUGCAGUGUUCUGGUCGUUGCUUGUCCAUGUGCUCUUGGCUUAGCCACACCUACUGCCAUGCUGGUUGGAACUUCACUAGGGGCAAGGAAAGGGCUGCUUUUGCGUGGUGGAGAUAUUCUAGAGAAGUUUUCAUCGGUCAAUGCUGUUGUAUUUGAUAAAACAGGGACCCUAACAGUUGGUAGGCCUGUCGUGACCAAAGUGGUGACUUCCAAAGAUUCAAGACAGAAUUUAGGUCAUGCGUGGUCAGAAGUUGAGGUCCUGAGAUUAGCUGCUGGUGUAGAAUCAAAUACUGCUCAUCCUGUCGGUAAAGCAAUUGUGGAGGCCGCUGAGGCUGCUAAUUGUCAAAAUAUGAAGGUGGUGGAUGGAACAUUUAUAGAGGAACCAGGGUCUGGUGCAGCGGCUAUCAUUGAUAACAAGAGGGUUUCUGUUGGGACACUGGACUGGGUUCAAAGGCAUGGUGUUAACGAGAGUCCGUUGCAAGUAAUGGCCACAGAUGAACUUAAUAGUCAGUCUAUUGUGUAUGUUGGAGUAGAGAACACCCUCGCUGGUCUUAUUUAUUUUCAAGAUCAGAUCAGGGAAGAUGCUGGACAUGUUGUUGAAUCUUUGUCUAGGCAAGGAAUUAGUGUUUACAUGUUGUCUGGGGACAAAAGGAGGACCGCUGAGUAUGUUGCAUCUGUUGUUGGAAUUGCAAAAGAAAAGGUGCUAUCCGAGGUUAAACCAGGUGAAAAGAAGAAGUUUGUAAGUGAGCUCCAGAAGAGUCAGAACAUUGUUGCUAUGGUUGGUGAUGGAAUCAAUGAUGCUGCUGCCUUGGCUUCAUCGGAUGUUGGAGUUGCUUGGGUGGGGGGUGUUGGAGCUGCCAGUGAGGUGUCCUCUGUUGUAUUAAUGGGCAACAGGCUGUCACAGUUGCUUGAUGCAAUGGAACUCGGCCGGCUAACCAUGAAGACUGUGAAGCAAAACCUUUGGUGGGCUUUUGGAUACAAUAUUGUUGGAAUUCCAAUUGCUGCUGGAGUGUUGCUGCCAGUGACUGGGACCAUGCUGACUCCAUCAAUUGCUGGAGCCCUCAUGGGUCUGAGUUCUAUCGGGGUGAUGGCCAAUUCAUUACUUCUAAGAAUAAAAUUUUCAUCCAAACAGGAACAAAUAUAUGGGGAUUCAUCUUCUACAAAAACCUGUUCGAACUCUGAUGUUCAUUUGGAUAGCAAAGAGACAACAAAGCACCCUUUUUCAGACCCCAGAUGGAAAGGGGCAUAAUAAUGAGAAAGAGAGAUUAUAAAAGGUUAUCAACUUCUGGCAGUAGAUAAAAAGGGAUCAAGUCCAAAAGAAGCCCCGAUCUUUCAUUUUUCUAUGGUGCUUUUAGAGCAAUGAAAAGCCGUAGGACUUGCUAACAUACAGAGAGCAGCAUCAAGAGACCUGCUCCAUACUUUGCUUCCAGGUACUUUCAAAAGGAUUGAAGAAUUUACAUAAUUACACGAUAUAUAAACUCUUUCUAUCAAGAAAAGAUCAUAGUUGAGGAAACUACACAUGCAACUGUAGAGAUAAGAUUUCCUGACGAUUAAUUUACUUUCAGAAACAUUUCUUGCUGACUUUUUUAGGCAUCCCUGGAUAUGAAUAAUUUGUUGGGUCACAUUCUGAUUUCUUAUAAUGAAUUCCUCAUCCUUCAUUC